AUGCACUUCAUUACUGCCAGUGUCUUGUCAUUGUGUGUCACUGCUACACUUGCGGCACCAGCCCGCAUUAGUCGCCGGUCGACUAUGAACGGCUCCCAAAGGCCUCUCGGUGAUACCAUCAAAGUUGACCGAGUUCGAGUUGAUAGUGUUGACCGAUCACGAGUUUUCGUGGAUAUUCCGUUGACGCUUGCUGAAAUUACCUCUGCAGAAAUCGGCGCUCCCGCCAGUUCGGUCAGAUUCUAUGGUACUUUAGACACAGAGCAACCUGAAUCAGAGAUGAUCCGCGUCGUGGUGGACUUGAAAAGUCUCAGGGCUGCCAGAAAAAACCCGGACUGUGACUUCGCUUUUAGAAAAGAGAAGAAGCCUGAUCUCGAUUACCUCUAUGAAUUUGAUCCUGAGGAGAGAUUGGCGGUUUUCAGCAGGGAGGAUACUGGGUUGUGGAGUGUAAGAUGCUUGUGCAUGGACUCUUUCAAAUCUGGAUACAAGGCAGGGAUGGAGUCUACGGUCCCAUCAAGUAGUGUCGAAGAUGUCGAAUGGGUCGAGGUGCCGGAGGAAGAACCGGUAUUUAAGCCCGAGGAUGUGGAAGAGGUCCCAGAUUUUAGAGAAGAAGAGCCCAAGGAAGUGACAGAGGUCCUUGAGGAAACAACAGAAGUAACCACGGAAGUUUUUACAAAAGUAACAACAAAGGUUACAACAGAAUUCACAAGAAAGAAUUCAACUGAUGAAGACACUGAAGAGGCCUCCGAGCAAACGUAUGAAGAGAAUAUCGAGAUAGAAUCCUCUUCGCGGGCUAUGAGGCAUAGCAUUGGCUCCGAGGAAUACAGCCCCGAAGCUGAAGAAACCGACGACAUGAAACGCCAGAGAGGUGUUGCUGUCAACGAAUUUGACAUCGAGAUCAUUUAA